AUGGGCAAGCGCAAGUCCUCAAGCAAGCCCAUGGGGCCCAAGAAGAAAGAACCUCUCCCCACCACUUUCGCAUGCCUCUUCUGCAACCAUGAAAACUCGGUCUCGGUCAAGCUUGACAAGAAGGCUGGCGUUGGCCAACUCGACUGUCGCGUUUGCGGACAAAAGUUCCAAUGCGCUGUCAACUAUCUGUCCGCUGCGGUUGACGUCUACGGCGAAUGGGUUGAUGCGGCCGAUGCCGUCGCAAAGGAGGAUAAUGCGGAGCCUGGAUACGGUGGCACAGCUCGAGGAUCUGGACGCGGUAACCGAACGGCGGUCGAAGAAGACUACGACGAUCAAUACGGAGAGGAUGACUAUUAA